UCGGACUCGGUAUAAGGGCUUGUCGAUGGCUCGAUAACCGGGUGCUGAGUGUUAUGUUUAGGGCGGCAAUGGGCGGAAUGCCCCAAUGCGAUUUGAAUAAUAAUAAAAAUGUCAAAUGUAUAAUUUUCGGGGGGGGCUGGCAAAUUAAGGGUAAAAUGAGGUUAUUUUGGGCCCGACCCCGAUUUCAAUUCAAUUUCGAUAUUGGAUUGGAUUGCUGAUUGAAGUAUAAAAGCAGCAGAGAUUUGCAUAUACUGAUCAUAUCACGUCUGAACAUGAGAUUCGAUUUGCUGAUCAGCUAUCUACUGCUGGGAUUACCGCUUUGCUGGGCCGGGGCGACAGAGGAGCAAAUGUGGGCAGCAGGAAAACUUAUGCGGGACGUUUGCUUCCCCAAGUUCCCGAAGGUGAGCGUUGCUACCGCUGAUUCCAUACACGAUGGCGUCAUUCCGGAUGACAAGGACUCCAAGUGCUACAUCAACUGCAUUCUCGAGAUGAUGCAAACAAUCAAGAAGGGCAAGCUGCAGCUGGAGUCGUCGCUGAAGCAGGUGGAGCUCCUCUUGCCGGACAAGUACAAGCCGAGCUAUCGCACGGGCAUCGAUCUGUGCAAAGACUCCACCAAUGGCAUCAAGAACAACUGUGAUGCUGGCCACGCGCUGCUCACCUGCCUGCGUGCCAACAUCGAUGUCUUUGUGUUCCCCUAGACAUCGACUUGGAGUAAACAACUUUUCCAUUUCCUUUUCCCGAUGUGUGUAAGUGCUUCAAGGUCCCCCCACUUUGACCGGCAGGUUAAGUGCCAGCUGAGCAUUACGAAUAAAGUUGAUUCGAUUUUCGAUAAGAUACUAAACUCGAAACGAAAACGAAACAAU